GCGCUCAUUUUACUAUCAGCACAUCCCGAUCGCUACUGCAAGCAGUGGGACGAAAUGUAACAAAACACACGACAACGUUGUACCUGUUUAAAGGAGCCGUUGUGGUGCCACCAACCAAAUCACCUAUUAUUCAAAGUAAAACCUUCAUCGCUUUGAUCUUGAACGGGAAAUAUUUAAAGUGGUUUCAUAAAAAAGGAACUGAGAAAGGAUUUGACAAGUGGAGACUAUACGUUUGUGGCAGCGUUUACUCGGCAAAUAUGUUAACAAGAUGAGAAAAACAAUACCUGUAAAUUAAGACCAGCUGCUCAAGACGUCAAUAGAAGUGGUCCAUCAGACGAGAAUGGCUUGAUUUUGUUUGUGUGAACAAUGAGUCGUUUUUGACAGCAGCACUCAUGCUUCAGGGAAAGAAAAAGAAAGUUUGCUGCGUCUGAUUUUGAUAUUACAUUCUGAGACUCGUUUUGUUGUCUAUAUUGUUUUUAGUCGGCAAGACCACCUGUUUGGUUUGGCAUAUUCACCAUGGCCAAAGUGAUCCAAAAGAAGAAUCACUGGACCACCAAAGUUAACGAGUGCGCGGUUCUCAAAGACGCUCCGGGUGACUUGAAUGUGCCAUUGCUGGGCGGUGCAGAGAACGGAGAGUUCGCCUUCAUCGGACAAGUUAACGAGGAUAUCGUUAUUUACAAAAAUGGAAAAUUAACGGAGGGGGAGUUGAUAUUGGAAGUAGAGAACCUAUCGAUCUCUGGAUUGCCUCUGUAUGAUGUACAGACAGUGAUAAAUAAUUGCAAGGGUCCCGUCAGAUUGAAAACAGUCAGACAAGGAACCAAGCUAAAUAAGGACCUGAAGCACUAUCUGAGCCAGCGCUUCCAGAAGUCCUCCCCGGACCACGACCUGCAGCAGACCAUUCGAGACAACCUCUACCGCCAUGCUGUGCCUUGUACAACCCGCCCCCCACGUGACGGAGAGGUCCCUGGAAUAGAUUACAACUUCCUGCCUGUGGAGGACUUUCUGGCUUUGGAGCAGAGUGGGACCCUUCUGGAAAUAGGAGCAUAUGAAGGUAACUAUUAUGGAACACCCAAGCCGCCAAGGCAGCCCCCUAGUGGGAAAGUGAUUACCAGUGAUGCUUUGCAAGACAGCCUCCCGGGCUCCCAGCACUCCACUCCCCGACGCACCAAGUCCUACAAUGAGAUGCAAAAUGCUGGAAUAGUGCCUGUAGACCUGGAGGAGGACGAGGAACUCCCGGAGAUGAACAGUAGUUUAACAGGAGACUCGAGUGAACCUGACGAGCACCCCUACGCCCCGCGUGAGAACGCCCCGUCCUAUGGUGUGAACAACACAUUGUCAUCCACCACGGAGGACUCUCAGCAGACACACAUACACCUCAGCCAUCCUCCCACAGAAGAGGACCCCCUGGGACCUCUAACUGACAACUGGGAGAUGGCCUACACCGAGAACGGAGAGCUCUACUUUAUAGACCACAACACAAAAACCACUUCCUGGAUCGACCCACGCUGCCUGGACAAGCCUCCCAAACCUCUGGAAGAAUGUGAAGAUGAUGAAGGGGUACACACAGAAGAGCUGGACAGUGAGCUAGAGCUGCCAACAGGCUGGGAGAAAAUAGAUGACCCAGUCUAUGGUGUUUACUAUGUGGAUCACAUUAACAGGAAGACCCAGUAUGAGAACCCUAUACUGGAGGCUAAGCGGCUGAAGCAGCUCGAGCAACAGCAGCCACCAGAAGGUGAGCGCUACAUCCGAGAAUGGAUAGAGGACGCCACCCUGGCUGGUGCCCCGCUAGCCAGCUAUACCGCCAACCACCAGGAGACCUACAGGGAUCCCCAGGCUGGACCCCCACUGCCGCCCCUCAUCGGGCCCAAACGAGGGAAGCCCUUCUUCACGCGGAACCCAGCAGAGCUAAAGGGAACCUUCAUCAACACCAAACUGAGGAAGAGCCACCGGGGGUUCGGCUUCACCGUUGUCGGGGGCGACGAGCCUGAUGAGUUUCUUCAGAUCAAGAGUCUGGUUCUGGACGGGCCUGCUGCCCUCGACGGCAAGAUGGAGACAGGUGACGUGAUCGUGAGUGUCAAUGACACAUGCGUGCUAGGCUACACCCACGCCCAGGUGGUGAAGGUCUUCCAGUCCAUCCAUAUUGGCUCCAUGGUCAACCUGGAGCUGUGCCGUGGCUACCCCCUUCCUUUUGACCCUGACGACCCCAACACCAGCAUGGUGACCUCCGUGGCCAUCGUGGACAAGGAGCCCAUCAUCGUCAAUGGCCAGGAUAGCUACGACUCUCCGUCCAGCCAUGGCAGCCAUACUGGGGGCCCCGUUAAUGGCAUGAGGGAGUCGAGACCACACAGUCCCUCCUCCGCCGAGGUGGCGUCCAACAGCUCGCACGGUUACCUCAGCGAUUCUGUGACGCUGGCGUCAUCCAUAGCGACGCAGCCGGAGCUGAUCACAGUGCACAUGGAGAAGGGAGACAAAGGCUUUGGGUUCACCAUCGCAGACAGCCCUGCAGGGGGAGGACAGAGGGUCAAACAGAUAGUGGACUACCCCCGCUGCAGGGGCCUGAAGGAGGGGGACAUUAUCGUAGAGGUGAACAAGAGGAACGUCCAGAGCAUGAGCCACAACCAAGUGGUGGACCUGCUCAGCAAGUGCCCCAAAGGAAGUGAGGUCAGCAUGCUGGUGCAGAGAGGCGGAGGGGUGGUACCUGCAAAGAAGAGUCCAAGGCUGCAGUUAGCGAGGAAGGACAGUCAGAACAGUUCUGUGUCCAGCCACCGGAGUACCCACACUGACUCCCCUGUGCACACGUCCCUGGCCCCCCCUCUCAGCAAGAGUACCGCCCCCCCACCCCCUUCCCAGCCCCUGCCCGGCCUGCCUCCCCAGGACCCCCAGGCAGACGGGACCAUUCACAGGAAACCAGACCCCUUCAAGAUCUGGGCCCAGUCCAGGAGCAUGUAUGAAAGUAGGCUGCCUGACUUCCAGGAGCAGGACAUCUUCCUGUGGAGAAAGGACACGGGCUACGGGUUCAGGAUCCUGGGAGGGAACGAACCAGGAGAACCGAUCUACAUAGGGCACAUAGUGAAGUAUGGGGCGGCGGAUGAGGAUGGACGCCUGCGUUCAGGGGAUGAGCUCAUCUGUGUGGACGGCACGGCAGUGAUGGGCAAGUCUCACCAGCUGGUGGUACAGCUGAUGCAGCAGGCCGCCAAGCAGGGUCACGUCAACCUCACUGUGCGACGCAAGACCGGCUACGGAGUGUCUAAAGGGGAGGGCGAGGUGCCCCCGUCCCCAGCCUCGUCACACCACAGCAGCACCCAGGCCCCCUCCUUGACUGAGGGGAAGCGGACCCCCCAGGGCAGUCAGAACUCCCUCAACACGGUCAGCUCUGGCAGCGGCUCCGGCAGUGGCUCCACCAGCGGCAUCGGCAGCGGGGGCGGCGGAGGCUCAGGGAGUGCUGUGGUCAACACCGCCCUGCAGCCCUACGACGUGGAGAUCCACCGCGGGGAGAACGAGGGCUUUGGAUUCGUCAUCGUCUCCUCCGUUUCCCGACCUGAGUCUGGCACCACCUUUGCUGGAAAUGCAUGUGUGGCCAUGCCCCACAAAAUAGGGCGUAUUAUCGAGGGGAGCCCUGCGGACCGCUGUGGGAAGCUGAAGGUGGGAGACCGUAUCCUGGCCGUCAACGGCUGCUCCAUCACCAACAAGUCCCACUCGGACAUCGUCAACCUGAUCAAGGAGGCCGGGAACACCGUCACGCUAAGAAUCAUUCCCGGAGACGACUCCUCUAAUGCAUCACUACUGACCAACGCUGAGAAGAUCGCCACUAUAACAACCACUCACACGCCCCAGCAACAGGCUGCACCUGAACCCAGAAACAACACCAAACCAAAACAGGAGUCCUCUUUUGAGUUCAAAUCCCCUCAGGCCCCUCCUCCCCCCGCCCCAACAACACAACCUCCAGCCCAGGAUGCUGCGUUCUACUCAGUGGACUUGGAGAGGGAGAACAAAGGUUUUGGGUUCAGCCUGCGAGGAGGUCACGAGUACAACAUGGACCUGUAUGUGCUGAGGCUAGCCGAGGACGGAGCGGCCAUACGCAACGGCAACAUGAGUGUGGGAGAUGAGAUCCUGGAGAUCAACGGUGAGAGCACCAAGGGCAUGAAGCACGCCCGCGCCAUUGAACUGAUAAAAGAUGGUGGCCGUCACGCCCACCUGGUCCUCAAGAGGGGUGACGGCUCAGUGCCUGAAUAUGCGAUGGUUGCUCCCCAUCUCACCGCAUGUAUGAGAUCAUCUAAUGACAAGCUGGGAGAUCCUAGUUCCUACCAAAAUCAGACCAUGACCCCAGCAUCGACGGUGCCGGCCCAGCCGCAGGGAUACAAAACGCUUCGGAAGUGAGCACCCUGCCCCACAACAACACACCAUCGGACACCAACACACCAGACCCUCACAAACCAUCACGGAGCAAGGACAAGAAGGGCCACCACCAUUCCAAACACAGACACCGCUCCCCGGACAAGAAGAGCAAGAGCAAAGGAGGGGCGUCUGGGGAGACAGGGGCCUCCUCCAAUCAGUCCAAGAGAAAGGGCGACAAGAGCAAGAGGUCUGGUGGGGAUAACCACGGCACUCACCAACACCACAACAACAGUAGCGGCCACCGCCACCGGAGACACCGCUCCCCUGAUAAGGGUCGUAGCCGGGCCCGCAGCGCAGAGCAAACCCUGGACAGUAGACAAAGCCAAGGGCACAGAGAGAGGGAAGGCCGCUCUCCUGACCGACACCACACCCACCGCCAGCGCUCUCCCUACAGGUCCCCUCGGCGCAAUCGGUCACCCUAUGGCCACCGCUCUCCCUAUGGUCACCGGUCACCCUAUGGUCACCGGUCACCCUACCACUCACGCCACCACUCCCCCACCCGCUACCACCGCACCCAAUCAUCAGACCCCUACCGGCAGCCCUCCCCAUACAGACUGAGGGGCCGGGAGCCAGAGAGGCCCAACGGGGGGGUGGCACCAGUGCUGAGGAAGCCUCCUGGCCCUGUGCCCAGCCCCUAUCGUGAGGAGAGUGUGCUGCGGGAGCCUCCAGCCCUGGAUCGGCUCAACAGGGAGGCCACGCUGCUGAGGGUGCCUCCAGCCCUGGACCGGCUCAACAGGGAGGCCACGCUGCUGAGGGAAUCCAGGGAGGAGCGCCUGUUUGAGGAGGAUAGCCUUCUGCUGAGGGCAUCCACCCUGGAGCGUGACUACAGAGGAGAUGGCCUGUUAUCUGCUGCUGCCCGUGGCCAGAGAGGAGAGACCAUGCCCAGGGUCCAUACCCCCGAGUCCGACAGCGCCUACAAGCGGUACAGCUCACUGCUGAGGGGCCGCUCGCCUGAGAGGGUGGAGAGAGAGGCACGCUACGCCCCCAGAGAGGAGUCCCCAGACCCCCGCUACAGAGUUCAGAGUCUGGGCCGAGACAUCUCACCUGUCAGGAGCUUCAUAGAGCUGGAGGAGGAGGGAGCAACAGCACCCAGGCUGAAGGAGUCUUACAGCACACUCAAGUCUGACAUCAGCCGUGCUUCCAAAGCGCCCCCGGAGCCCAAGCGGAAGGCUUACAAAGACAGCCCCAAAGAUCUGAGCAUCUGAUGUGACGUCUGCUGUAACACAACCAGUCCCCCCCCCCCCCCCCCCCCUCAGCGCUCCACGGCACCAUGGUUCCCUCUCACCACUCAGCUCUACUCUUCAUACAACAGAACAUACCUGACCUACCUGGACCCUGGAUUAACCUCAAUUAUUGAUUAUAUUACAUUCCUGCGUUCCUACUGGACAGUGAUUCCAAAACCUACAAACUUUUAAUGGCAGAAGUACGAUAUCUUAUUCUUUUCUUUUUAGUUUUUUUGGGGUAGUUUUUUUGUGAUUUGGUUAAGCAUUGUACAUUCAUCAGAAUUUUACAGAAAAUGUAAAACCACAAAAAACAAUGAUGUGCCUAACAGUUCCAUUAAUGAGCGUAUUUUUGUUUUGUUUUUGUUUAAUAUGAGACGGCCGUUUUCCCAGCCAUCAGUCUGAUGACUGGUAUGUAUUUUUCCACUGAGCCCAAGGAGGCAGGCAGCACACAGUUCCAGUGACUGGUGCCACCCACACAGAUGCUGUGCAUGUCUUUUUUCUUUCUCUCCCCCAGUGCCACUGUUUUUUAGACAUUUGACCAGACUAUAGCACAAGCCUGCAUUUGUUUGUAUAUUUUUGACUGCAGUAUGUGUACAUUGAUGGGAUCAAAACGAAUGAAGGGAAAUAAAGUUAAACUGCGAUGGUGAUGAUGAUCAUGUUAAAAUUAAAAUAAUAUAUUAAACAUA